AUUUUACCGUGGAUCAUACUGAAACUGAGAGUGAACUCACAAAUCUUAUUUUUCAAAUGCCCCAAGUUUCUGAUUCUCAUGAGGAACAGAUGACAGAUGAAGAAAUUGUCAAAUUUGUGACUGGCGAAGAGGCUCAAGAACCUGAAAAUCACGAAGAAUUGAGUAUACCGAUAACAACAACAGAUGCUUUAGAGGGAUUAGGGAAGAUAAUAAAGUAUUUGCAACAAGAGAAUACUGUAGAUGUUAACUUGGAAGUUAUGAAGAUGUUAAGUAGCUUGAAUUGUCAGAUUAUUAGAAGAAACUUCGAGAGUAGACAACAAUCCACUCUUAUUAAUUACUUUCCUAAAUAA